AUGAGCGCUAUGGAAUUACGAAUGAACGGUGAUAUAACUGGAGAAAUUAAUUUCUUUAGUCACACAAUAGAUGGUUGUGCUCCAUGGUCGGAUGCAACUCCUACUUUGGGCUCGGUAGCUACGAAUUUCGCACGAACACCAGCUCGAGUUACUAUUUAUGAUUUGCGUGGCAAAGAGAAUACUCUUGAUCUCGACAUUAAUGGCUUAGAAGUACAUAAAUAUCAUGGCCAUAUAUAUGAUAUAUUUGACGAUAACAGUGAGAUACAACAAUGUUAUUAUGAAGAAAUUGUUAAUGUGCUCAAAAAUCGUCUAGGUGCUUCUCGUGUAAUUGUCUUUAAUCAUAUAAUUCGUUAUCGAGGAGCACCUCGUCCUGCUAAUCAAUGCGAUCCGACUCAUAAGAAUCCGGUUUUUUAUCCUCAUGUGGAUAAUGAUCCACCUGCAGCUUAUUUCAAAUUGAAAGAAAUACUUGGAGAAGAAGAAGCUAAAACAGUCAUGCAAAAACAUUUUCAAAUUAUUAACGUUUGGCGACCAUUAGGUCCUAAUCCUAUAAUCAAUAUUCCAUUAACCAUUUGCGAUUAUCAAUCAUUAGAUCCAAACAAUGAUCUUCAUUCAGUGAAAGUUCGCGGAUCCCAAUCUUCUAUCUCGGUUUAUACGGUCUCGAGCAAUAUUCAAAAUGCUCAAAAGUGGUAUUAUCUGAGUCAAAUGCGAUCGGAUGAAAUGUUUAUGUUCAAAAUUUUCGAUACUAAUCCUAAUGUUGCUCAGUUUGGUGCUCAUACAGCUUUUAUUAAUGAAUAUGUACCUUUAACAGAUAUCGAACAAUGCAGUAUUGAAGUACGCUGUCUUGUUCUUUAUGAUUAA